AUGUCAGGGGCCAGCAGAGGCUACCAACCUUCACGCGAUACGAGCCCCGGAUCGUCGACCAGUCCCAAAGAUGACACCGUUGAUGUCAUCCACCAGCAGCUCUACCCCACAGCGGAAGAUGUUAAAUUUUGCACCGAUGCCACGUACUACUUCGUGCUCGGCGCCAUCCACAGUGAUACCGCCCACGAUGGCCUGGUCCGCGCCAUUGCCGACGCAGGCAACGAUAUCCUAGUCGCCGAUUACUGCGAGGUAGCGGAUGAAGCAUCUCUAAAACUCCUGCAGCAGAGCGGCGCAGCCGCAGUAGCGUUCCUGAAGCUAUGCGUACUAUCGGGGCUCUUCUCCGAAUGGGCAUUCGACAACAUGAUGGCAUCGAUGCUACAUUUCAGGGUGUUAGGAUACUACCGCGACCAUGCACGGGGCCGCUUACCAGCCGGUGUUUACGGCAGUCGGAUGACUAGCCUGAUCGCGCAUCGGUACGUCGACCUAGGGCUGUUCUUUGCCGUGGCGUCAGCCUCUGUGGGGACGAAGGAGCAGGUCAACGAGGCAGAGUACACGCUGUUGAGUAUGGCCUGCACGUUGAUCAACGACCUGGUGGGCCUGCGCAGCGAUACUGCACGGAAGCAGCGGGAGAACGUUGUUUUGCGUGGAGUUCGAGGGAAUCUAUGCGAGUAUUUGGAUCGAGUGAUGUUCGAGUGUCUGGAGACCGCUACGCUUGCUGUGCAGACGAAUCGGACGUGUGCGUAUGUCUUGAUGGCGUUUUGUAAUUGGGCAGUUAUGAGCUCGCAUCAUAAGGUGUUUGAGGUAAGUACGCAGGUCUCUGUGGUCGGGAAGGAUGAUGAAUGUUUGUCUCGGUCGAGGGACCAUCGGCAGGCGUAUAGGGGGCUUUUGGAGGCGUUGGCGCCGUUUGGGACUCUUGGGGAGAAGGGCCCUAGCGUAGGGCAGACGCGGGCGGAGUUGGAUUUCAAGUAUGGAGUGUGUCGAUCCUCGUCUACGUUGCAUGCGUCGUGGUUGGCGGAUAUCACGAGAAGUCUUUUGGAGCCGCAGACUUUGAGGCGAAUUGUGGAUGUGGUGCAUUUUGAAUGGACGGGGUGUGAGGGUGAGGUAGAUUAUUGUUCGUGA